UUAAUGCAUUAAAACAAACAAAAACGGACGGUCUAUUCUUGGUUUUACUUUUCGCCGAUAUAUCCUGAAUGCCGCAUUGCCACGCCAGUUUCACUUCCCGGAACAAGGAGGAGCUGGUAGUUUAUCGCGGAUACAAACGCAAGUCUUUUCAUUUUGGUCUAAGCCUCAUCGUUCCUGAACAGGAUGAUUGACAUGCGAGCUUGGGCAGAGUAUGUGGUGGAGUGGGCUGCCAAAGACCCCUAUGGUUUUCUCACAACUAUCAUACUGGCUCUCACCCCACUCUUCAUUGCCAGCGCACUUCUGUCCUGGAAGCUGGCCAAGAUGAUCGAGGCACGUGACCGAGAGCAGAAGAAGAAGCAGAAACGUCAGGAAAACAUAGCCAAGGCCAAGAGGACCAAGAAAGACUGAGCCG